AUGGUGCCCUGGCUGAUUUUUGCCUUUUAUUUGUUGUUUUUCAAUAAAGAUGUUCUUUCUUUUCACACAGAGCCAUGUUUACAUAAGACACCAAAGAGAUCAUUGAGUAGGAAAUCCCGAAUACCUACUUUCAGCUCUCCUGUUAAUGACACUGAGACACAGCAAGAAAUCUUUUGGGAUUCUCAUUCACCAAUUGCACACAGACUAGGCAAUGGAAAAACCAAGCAGUCUACCAGUAGAUGCGCAGUAGAAAUUUCGGAAAUUGUUAAUCGUAUUGCUCCCCAGGAUGAAAAAGCAGCCUGUAAUGAAGGGUCCCUCAUAGGAACAUGGAUUGGUGAGGAUGCUAUUCCCUGUACACCUGUGGUAGUAAAAGGGCGAGCUAGGACCAAGUUAAGUUGUACAAGAUAUCCUAAGACAAAAAAUCCCGAAGAGGAACUCAUGAAAUUGGCUAAGGAGUUUGAUAAAAAUCUAGUAGAGUUAGAUGCUGUUCAGGAACAGGAAAAGCUUGAUCAUAACUUAAUUGAGACCAACUCAGAGUCUUCAAGUCAUUCUAAAGAUGAAGUAAAUAUGAAAAACCAGAAAUCAAUUCUUGGUGAAGGUUCUGAAGCAGAUACUGCUGUGUCCCUGAAAGCAGUUGGACAGAGCACUGGCAUCCCUGUGGCAGAGCCCUGUCAAUCCAACAGUCAAAAGUCUGUAGACCUGGAGGCUGAAGUAGCCCUUCACGCUCUUUUUGACUCCUCUACCCAGAAAUGCAGUGGACAGUUGAGCCAAGAGCUGUCAGAUAUUUCUCUAAAUAAUAGUUUUCAUAAAAUUAAAAGUACCUUGGAAGAGGAGAACCUUCCUGAGAAAGUUGAAGAGACACAGCAUGGUAAUUCAGAGGCAUAUCAAAAGGAUACUCCGAUUGCCAUAGGAAAUGUUGACCAGAUUUUACCAAAACCUGCUACUGACACCCUGACAAAAAAAAAUCCUCCUAAUUUGAAGACACAAUUGAUGGCCUCUACUAAGCUUGCUGGAGUAGUUAAUGAUGACUUUGAUGACUGGGAUACAGAUCUUUUGGCAGAUGACUCUUUUGUGAUGCAGAUAACCCAAAAUCCUGAAUUGAUAAGUACUGAAGAACCACCACAAAUUCCUGCAAAUCCACUUGUGCACAAUUUCAGUGAUGCUAGUGGAACAAGGCAAAGAAGUAGUGGCAACUCAGUAACUCUUUUGGGGACUGUAAACAAAUCUAACAGUUUGCAAUAUUCACCUUUGAAACAUGCUAGUAAAAGCUCACAAAAUGUUGUAAAAUCAUUGUCUUUACAAAAACUGUGCAAGACAGAAAACUCAAGGGCAGAGACCAGGGUCUUGCAUGGCAAGUGUGAUGUUAAGCCAGAUAAAAUCAAAUCUGUUUGGAAGAGUACCCAAAACAGUGAUUUGAACCAUAUUCCUGUUUCAGUGCAAUCUGAAAUCAAGAAUGGAAAUGAAUCUACUGAGCCUAAAAGCGAUGCUCUUCCUCUUUUUCCUUCAAGAUCUAAUCCUCAUAGACAGACAGCAGAAAAACCUGGAAAUAACACUCCUACUAUUUCCUGUCAGUCAUCCAGUGUUUCUACCAACAUGAAACCUAAUGAUCUAACCAAAGUGGUUAACCAAGCUGAUACAGGUCACUCAAAUCAAGAUGAAAUACCAAAGAAAUACCCUCUGUCAUUUGAGGACUGGAAUGAACCAAAAUCCUCUGAUGAGAUAUUAGGUAUUUGUGGAUCAAUUAGUCUUUGGGAUGCAAACUAUGAGGAUGAUGAAUUGUUAUAUCAGGUGUGUGAUGAUAUAGAAAAGCAAACUCAGAGCCAGGAUGUUAAACAAGGAAAUGAAAAAACUAAAACUAUUCAAGGAGCCAGUAUUAAUUCCAUAUCAAAUGCUGGUAACAGCUUCCCAGCAUCUAAACAAAGACUGCCUGAUCUCUUCUUGGCAGAAAACACAAAUGCAAAACAGGAGGAUCUCUCACUGAAGGAUUCCAGUAGGAAUUCAUCAAAGAUAGUGCAUGGGCUGGCCACAGCAGGUCAUGUAGUGAACUCUAAGAACGUCUCAAAUCCUCAGGCUGCGAUCUUGGGUCCUUCUGUGGAGUGUAAAUAUGCACUGCUUAAAAACUGUCAUCAAGAUGCUUUUGAAGAUGCUGCCAAGACUGUUUCAGGGAAAUGGUACAGGUCAAAUUCUGUGCCAGCAGGAGAGACAGGUUCUGAAGGUUUGGAAGGAAGCAAGAAUGAGGUGAAUGUGACUUUGCACAGCAAGCUUGACAAUAAGAAAUCACCUUUCAAGAGGCACCUUUCAGAGUCUUUUGCACAGUCUUCUUCAGCAUCUACGGUAGAGCAGAAAAAUAGAAAAUGUUCUCAAGAAGAGAUUGAAAGGAAAAAACAGGAAGCUCUUGCACGAAGAAAAUCCAGAACACAGGCAUUCUGUAAAGAUGCUUGAAGUUUGUUUUGUCUGUGGAGUAAGCUUUUGGUAGGGAAAUACUGUAAUGCCAGGAGACCCUUUCCAAACUCUGUUCACAGCUAUUGAUGGCAAGCUUUUUCUGUUUUCCAACAUGAAAAGACCUCAACCUGAACCAUAACUAAUACUCUGGAGGUGCUUAGUUUUAAUUAAAAACAAUCAGUUAUAAAUGUGUAGUCCUAAACUACAUUCAGCCAAAUGAAAUUCUGAGUUCACACAUUGAAAUGAUAAGGCCUGAAAAUCAUGGGAGUAUUGGUAUACACACAUAAUGAAGGUGUCAAAAACAGACUGGAUGUAUUACUGCAAGUAUUCUAAUCUAUAAGACUCUCAAGCACACACAGAUUGAGAAAUACUAAUGUUUGCUCUAAUGUUUGCUCGAGGAAAUUUUUAAAAUUUUGGGUUAAAUAAAGUACAAUUUAGGAAACAUCCAACAUUGGAAAACUAAUGGAAAUGAACAAACUUUGGAAAGUGUGCUCAGUUUGUUUUACCUAAGGUAAGAAUUGUACAUAGAGAAGGAAGAAUUUAAUAUAAAAGUUCCAUUAUGCAAAAAAGUGUCCUGCAAAGACCAUGUUAUAUUCUUUUAAAUUCAUUUCAGGAAAAAGAACUGGAAAUACCCUAAGGAAAUUGGAUCACCUUUUUCUAAACAGACAUCACCAAGCUAAUUAAAAAAGGUAGCCUAUGCCAUUUUAGCAAACCAUGUGCAAUAUGUAAUACACCAGGUGAAAUCUCAGCAACUUUGCAUCAGUUUAGCCAUAUGGGUUGUACUUAGUUUCAAACCAAAGGCUGUUGAAUUGUAAAAAUGCUGUGUCACAUCAACUUAAUGGGCUGAUAGAAUCUUUGAUCUGAUAGAUGGGUGUAGAGCUCAGACUGUAAAAACUGCCUUUGGGUAAGCUGCAAGAUUUUUCAACUGAGAAGUGCUUCUAUGUAAACAUGUGACACUAUGAAAAGUGACUGUAAUUUUUCUUUGUAAAUAAAUAACUUGGAAAUGUUCCUUCAAAUGUUGGAGGAAGCUUUUGCUUUCUAUAGUAUGCUGUUUUUGUAACUCUUAAAAAUGUAAGUAUUGUAUAUUUGUAAGUCAUCAUUAAAUUUUUUUUCACAUUUGUCUA